AUGCCCGGCGCCGUUUCUGUGUCCUCGCAACAAACUGCGCAAUAUCAAGAUCCCAUUGAGGCCGGAGAAAUACUGGCCCAUGGAGAGGAAGAGGUCGAUGCAAACCAACACGAAAUGGAGGAGGAAGAUGCGAAGGCGGAGGAAAUCAAUAAGAAGAGAGACGAGGAAGACGAGGAUUACAUAUAUUCGUCGCAACCUUCUAGUGAUUUGGCUUCCUCACAAGCAAGCAAAUCAAAUGAGAGCGACGACGAAGAAGAUGAAGCUGAAUUUACAGACGAGGAGGAAUCCGAAGGCACUGAAGUGCCCGAUGCUGAACUGCAUCCCCAGAAAGAAACUACAAUCUAG